AUGUUGGGCUUUCUCAUAAAAGCCGCCCUUGUAGGGCUCGCCUUGGGGUCUCAGUCAUAUUUACACCAUGCCCACCUCCAUCAGCAUCACACAAACUCUUCCAUACAUGAUGGAUUCACAGACCUCGCGGCAACACCUGAGGUGACCGACCCCAGCGGACAGCUGAAUCAGACCUUCCUUCGAACCACGCCAAAAAUGAUGCUUUUAAUGGACCUAAAGGUCUCGACACCAAAGAAGAGUAAGGGUGUUUUCGCGCAUUUCAUGGUCGAAAAUAGCCGUUCUUGGAAUGAAUUAGAAUGGGCGUUCCAUAUCGCAGUGGCCAAAGAGGCACACCUGGAUGCAUUUGCGCUGAACUUUGCCGCGUCUCUCAAAGAUCUACAGCCACUAAGGUUGGCUUUUGCAGCGGCAGAAGUAGAAGGAUUUCAACUGUUUCUCUCCUUUGACUAUGCGGGUGCUGGCCCCUUUGACAAAGCCACUGUGAUUGCGAUCAUUAACGAGUUCAAGUCGUCGUCCGCGUAUUAUACCUACCAAGGGAAACCGUUUGUGUCGGCUUUCGAAGGUCCUGGAAACGCGGCGGACUGGAAAGACAUCAAGUCAGAUACUGGCUGCUUCUUCAUUCCCUCGUGGUCCUCCCUUAGGGCCAAGGAAGCUCUGAAGCUGGGCAGCCCAGAUGGGCUCUUCAGUUGGGCAGCCUGGCCGUGGGGCAACCAUGAUAUGGACAUGUACGUUGAUGCAUCCUACCUCGACUAUCUGGAACAGGCCGGAGGAAAGGCGUAUAUGAUGCCAGUCUCCCCACGGUUCUAUACGAACCUUCCAGGUUAUGAAAAGAAUUGGUUAUGGCGAGGAGAUGACCUCUGGCGAGACCGCUGGGAAGAAGUUAUGGUGGUGCAACCCGAUUUCGUCCAGAUCAUCAGCUGGAACGAUUAUGGGGAAUCCCAUUACAUCGGCCCCCUGUACGGCAUUGAUAAAUACGAGGCGUUUAGUGUGGGCCAGGCGCCCUUCAACUAUGGCCACGGCAUGCCACACGAUGGCUGGCGUCUCUUCUUGCCCUACUGGAUUGAUACCUAUAAGAAUGGGAAGGCGUCCAUCACGAAAGAAGGAGUGGUGGGCUGGUACCGUCCGAACCCUACUGCAGCAUGCAAUGAUGGCGGUACCACAGCCAACACCGCCAGUCAAUUGCAAUAUGAGUUUCGGCCUGCAGAGGUUGUCCAAGACAAGAUCUUCUAUUCAGCACUGCUGACCUCCAUGGCCACUGUCACCGUCACUGUCGGGGGCGUGUCUAUUCCUGCUACCUGGCAGGAUAUCCCUGACGGAGGCGUGGGUGUGUAUCACGGUAGCGUUGGGUAUGGUACUUUCUAUGGCGAUGUGAAGAUCUCCAUCUCUCGCGCUGGAAGUACCAUUGCAGAAUUCAGCAGUGCUGCUAUUACCACGAGCUGUACUGACGGCUACGCCAACUGGAAUGCCGUUGUUGGCAGUGCAUCAGGCCCCAGCAUCUCCGCCGUCUCCCCUGAGCUUGCUAUCGACGAGCAGGCCUGCAUUGAGGGCACAGCACCUGGCAACUUCCAGGGGCUGUGCAAGUUAACCUGCCAGUAUGGCUACUGCCCCAUUGGAGCCUGCGUGUGUACCAAAAUGGGCGCCCCCAGAGUCAAACCCAAGGCCACAGGCAUCAAGGGAUAUCCUAUUGCCGGUGAAGGAUCCAGUUACAUUGAUCUCUGCAGCUUCGCGUGUAACUACGGAUACUGUCCACCUGAAGCCUGUGGCCCGGUGGAGGUGCCCCUCACGGAGCCGACGGUCUCGCCUUUCCUGCCGUCUGCGUGCACUGCAGGCACCGGCCAGGGCGACCUGGCGGGGCUUUGCUCGUACGCCUGCAACUACGGCUUCUGCCCCAUCCACGCGUGCACCUGCACAGGCACCGGCGCUCUCCACCAGCCCCCUGCGGCCAACACCACCUUCACCGCAUUCUACCAGGGCGGCGGCGACGACGCCGGCCUGUGCAAAUUUGCCUGCCAGCGCGGCUACUGCCCCGAUGCCUGCGCCAGUACCGAAGGCCAAGUUCUGUCCUGCGACGAGGACGAUGACAGCCCCGAAUGUGCGGAAGAAGACACCUCGCCCCCCUGCGAUCUCAGCCUUUACUUCUCAUCGUGGGAAGCUCUCCAGGCAGCCAAAGACAUCCCCGAGACCUGCAUGCCCAUGUACGCCAUGCAGGUUCUGAUGGACACGCUCAACACCGCCCUGCAGAACUACACGGACGUCAACAACGGCUAUGACGAAAAGUUCGGCUACUACGUUAAAUACCUUCGCGACAUGGUGCCAGAGUCAAUCAAUAAGGUUAUCGCAGAUAACGGUAAAUACGUCAAAUGCUCUCAGGCGACCAAGGGCGGAUGGUCUGAGCCUAGAUCAUGCUUUAUCCCGCUCGUUAGCGACACAUGGACCGUCAAGUACACCUUCGUCGACGAGCAAGGAUUCUACGACGAAUUGCAAUCCAAAUACGGCAUCCAGCGGGACUGGGUCGAGGUUUCUGACGUCGUCCAUGAAGACAAACUCUGCACCCCAAACCCCCGGAGCGGCGGUAUAGUCUGCCACAAUAUCAAACAGACAAACCAAAAUAUCCCCCACGCCAAGGCCGACUUCACCAUCCUCAACCCCAAAGACUCCAUCGCUGAUGCGCUGCCCCGGUUCCAAGCUCUCCAGCGCGACGUGGUCUCGACAUGGGCCGAUCUUUCCUUCUUUCUCUGGGACGGGGACGGCGAAGACGCAGUGGAGGCUCUGUCCACUCCCGUCUUCAUGCUCCUCCAAGCGGUCGAAAGCAUGGCGACGGUGAAGGAAAUUGGCGAAAAGGAGAAAGAAAAAGAGGAAGAAGAGAAAAAGAACCUCAUCAUCACCAUCAUCUCUGCGGUCCUGCUCAUUCUCCCCUUUGCGGGUGAGAUUGUUGGCAGCGUCGGGGGGGCAGCCUGGAUCACAGAUACGGCCCUAUUGGCAGAUAUAACUGCCAAUUUAGCUAUGGUAGGCUAUGAUAUUAUAACCAACCCAAAGUCAGCGCCGAUGGUCCUGUUCUCAGGGGCAGGGCGCACUGGGGCGAAUUUUGCCAAGGUAGCGAGUGUUCGGCGCGGGAUCAAGGCGGAGGAUCUGGCCAAGUUUGGGAGCGUGUUUAAAGAGAAUGACGAUCUGCUUCAGGGUUUGAUUAAAGUCUGUAAGACAUGA